AUGGACGCUGCGCCCGAGUGGUCAGGGCCCAACUCGGGGCCCCUCGCCUUCCUGGACGUCCCGGAGGCCGAGGCCCUGGAGGACGUGCUGCGGGAGGAGUUCGGGCCGCUGCCCCAGCUGGCUGCCAUCUGCCGGCUCAAGCGGCUGCCCUCGGGCGGCUACUCGUCCGCCGAGGACGUCCAGUUGGUGCUGGAGCGGCGGCGCGUGGCCAACGCCAAGGAGCGCGAGCGGAUAAAAAACCUCAAUCGUGGUUUUGCCAAACUGAAGGCACUCGUGCCGUUUCUUCCCCAAAGCAGGAAGCCUAGCAAGGUUGAUAUCCUUAAAGGUGCAACUGAAUACAUACAAAUUCUCAGUGAUGUAUUGGAAGGAGCCAAAGAUGCUGAGAAACAAGACCCAGAUGAUCUGAACUAUAGCGGCAACACUUCUGAGCCACAUAUAUCCUUGGUUAGAGAGUCACCGAGAAGCAUCACCCUACCUGCCAGCUGUGUGGUGGGCUUGAAUGAGGAGGAAAGGUCCUGGGCAGAGGGUGGCAGUGGCGAGUCAGCAUACACUUGUCACCAGAGCCUAAUUGUCUACAACUGGAGUCAUCUACCCCCGUCAGGAGACUGGUAA